CUUUGUGUUUGAAGACAUUGCAAGAACCACCACAACUCGCGGCGGCGGUGUGAUUAUGUCCAACAUCUACGUGACAGAGCCCAACACGGAGGGAAAGGUGCUGAUGCGGACAUCAUUUGGCGAGCUGGACGUCGAGUUCUGGCCGCAACAAGCGCCCCGCGCAUGCCGCAACUUCUUUCAACUGGCCAUGGAAAAGUACUACGACAACACGUUGUUCCAUCGGUUGAUCUCGGGGUUCAUGAUCCAAGGAGGCGAUCCCACCGGCACAGGCGACGGUGGCGAGUCGGCAUUUGGCGAACCCUUUGCCGACGAGUUCCAUUCCCGGCUCCGGUUCAACCAUCGCGGGUUGCUGGCGAUGGCGAAUUCCAACAAGAGCAACACGAACAAGAGCCAAUUCUUCUUCACGCUGGACGCAUGCGACUUCCUCACGAAGAAGCACACGAUCUUUGGCAAGGUCACGGGCAACACCAUCUUCAACCUGCUCACGGUGAACGACAUGGAAACGAGUCCAGACGAGCGGCCCGUCGAGCCCAUCAAGCUGUUGAGCAUUGAGAUCCUAUGGAAUCCCUUUGAAGACAUCGUCCCUCGCGCCAUCAAAGGAUCUGCAAGUUCCAAAGCAACUACGGCAGCAAUGGACAAGAAGAAGAGACGGAAAGGCACGAAAGAUCUCAAGUUGCUCUCGUUUGGCGACGAAGCCGACGAAGAGUUCGUCCAACAGCCCGUGAAAAAGAUCAAAGGUGGGUUAAGCAGCCACGACGUGCUGCGGGAUCCAAAGUUGAGCCAACGCGUGGACGAGUCCCUCCAGACCAAAGUCGCGUCGAUGCCCGUGCACGUUGACCCAAUCAGCGACGGUGACGACAAUGGUGACGACAUUGGUGACGAUGACGUGGCAGCGGCGUCGUUGAGUACGUUGAAAGCGCGCAUUUCCGACAAGCUCAAGAAAAAGUCGGCGCUUGUGCACACGACGGCAAAGCCCAAACUGCACGACGCCCAUGCGGACCACGAGAAGGAUGCGAGUGACGUAGAUCACGACGGAAAAAAGAAGAAAAAGAGCAAAAAAGAAUCCAAAAAAGUUCAAAAAGACGAAUACACACUGCUCAAGGAACAUUUGAAGAAGACGCACAAAGCCGCGGCGAUGCUCAAAGGCGACAAGCUCAAGGCGGCCGAGGCGGAGAAAGCGUACCAGGAGAUGCUCACGCCGCUGCAGCUUCGCCGCCAAAAGUACCUCGCGAACAAAAAAUCGUCGGCUGGGGACCGCCAAAAGCAAACGCUGUCGCGGCUCGAGUCGUUCAAGUCGACGCUGUCGCAGGUGCUGGAGACAAAGAAGAAAAAACACGAAAAUACUUCGACUGAAAACGACACGGAAGUGUACCAUGGCCAAGUGAUGGCCGACGGAAGCGACGACGACGACGACGAGAUUCACAAGGAUCCGUCGUGGAUGACCAAAGAACUUAAGUUCAAAAAGCACAUUGACGACCAAUAUCGCAUGGGCUACGACCCCACCGCCGAUAACUAUAUGACGAUUGACACCAAGAAAGGGGGGCACUAACAGUAAAGCGAGGGAAGAACACGACUGACGUAUCCACUGAUCCAAGUGUACUACUAGCUAGUUAUGGCCUAGCGAAACUUGACCAACAUGACUCUGUUAUUGCCAAGGUUAAAUAAUAUAUUCAUUCAGUAGGUC